UUCGUGUUCCGCCAUAUAACGAGUAUAAAAGGGCUACUGUAAUGGCAUUAUGGUGCAAAUGGGAGCCACGACCCUACCGCGUUCUAACCGAUUCCGCACCCAUAACGAGACGAGCUCUGUCUAGAAUGGACAUAUCAGGAAAUUUCUUCAGAAGACUACGAAAUGUAGCCACCUUCUUGGAGACAGAAACCAAGACUCUUAAAAAAGCUCACGAGAACAGCAGCAGUGAUGAUUACAAAGAAGAGGGAGCUAUGCAAGUUUUACAUGAAUUGCAUUCAGAAGUCCAGGCUAUAAAAGGACAGGUUAAAACACAGGUGAUUAGCAAUCAGUCUGUGGAAAACAAUGCAAGUGAUUUUCUUAGAUCAUGUUGUGUACUAAAACAAAGAAACACAGCAAACCUUGAAAAAAUCAAAGAAUAUUUCCAAAAGUAUGGAUACAAACCACUGGCUGGGAAAACUACAGCAGUGGAGAUAGCUACAAAUAGUAAUGAUGAAGAAUGUAUGGAAGACCAGGAGAACAGUGGGAGUGAGGAAGAGGAGGAGGACAAGGAGAGAACAUCAGAAAGUCUGCCUUGUGCCACACCUGCAGAGAAGCCUCCUGCACCCCAGGACCCAAUGCGCACCCCACGGCUCUCUGACUUUGGCCUCUCGCACUAUCGAUUCCAAAACACUUGGGAAGUAGUAAAGGAGAAGCCGGAACAACCAGCAGUAACACAGGACUCUGUGGGCCAGGGGGACUUGAGGGCCCCAACAUUUACAGAAUCGUUUCCUGUCUUACCCAAAACGCCCAAGUGUAUGUUGGAGUUGGACAAUGAGGCCUUCACUCCUAAAAUGGAAGAUUUUGGGAUCAAUGAAUACACCAUGUGUCUCAAUGAUGACUUUACCAUAGCCCUCAUCAACAAGAACAAACCCACAAAGCCCAAGAGUUUGGUUGGAGUUACUGGAAGCCAAACAAAUACUGGGAUGAAUGAGACCCACAGUAAGCCUACUGAGCCGACUUUUAGACAGCAUUUGGCAGCAAACGAUAUGACGAACUCGCCCGUUCCUCCAGUGUUUUGUACACCUGGAAUAAAAAUUUACAAAAAUAAAUUACCUACUUUGCCAAAAAGCCCUGAAAUCACAGUUCAAAAGGCAAGUGAUUCUACUCCUGAGAUCCCAACCUUUGAGACACCUUAUUUGAAGAAGCUGGUUCAUGUAAGUCUUUAGUUUAAAUGUCAUUCCAUGUGAAAUCAACACAGGUCAAUACUUCUUCAGAAUUACAUACCAGUCAGUGUACAUGUUGAUGGUGUUUGUGAACUUAUAUAUUACUAUGAAACACUCAAUAGUACUGAAUUAAGAAAUACAAAAAUA